GUAGACUUCCAAUUUCAGCAAGUCUCUGUCUGUGUCUGUCUUAAUACUGAAGACUUUUACUCUGAUCCCGAAAGGAGAACUCCCAUUGCUUAUGCAGGAGUAGGAGAGUCAAAUCGCUUCAAUUGAAUAUGUACAAGAAUCAGCUACAAGAACUUGCUCAGAGAAGCCGAUUCAAUCUCCCUUCAUAUGCUGCAUGAGAGAAGGUCCUGAUCAUGUUCCAAGAUUCAAAGCUUCUGUAAAUUUCAAUGGAGAAGUUUUUGUGAGUCCUACUUACUGCACCACUUUACGGCAGGCCGAGCACGCCGCGGCUGAAGUGGCUCUCAAUACCCUUUCUGCCAGAGGUCCUUCAAGAUCCUUAACAGCAAGAGUUUUUGACGAGUCUGGAGUGUAUAAGAAUCUCCUUCAGGAGACUGCUCACAAAGCUGGACUGGAUCUUCCAUUGUACACAACCAUUAGAACAGGUCCUGGUCAUGUUCCAGUUUUUACUAGUACAGUAGAGCUUGCUGGAAUGAGUUUUACUGGUGAAUCAGCCAAGACAAAGAAACAAGCUGAGAAGAAUGCUGCAAUUGCUGCCUGGUCAUCUUUGAAAACAAGUACAUUUUAUAUGUCAUUUAUUUCCUUUCUUAUCAAUUGUUCUAUACAUUGUUGAAUGUUUAAAAAAUAUUGAUUCUUCUGUGAGUGUCA